AUGGGAGGCGGGAUGGGUGCGUAUGGCGCUCCCGUGCCCGACUACCCCGACUACCGCGGCCUCGCGGGCGAGUUCGCGCUCGGGGGCGAGUACGGCGCGAUGCGGCCGGCUGACGGCGAGUACGGCCCGCUCGAGUCAGUCAAGAUCAUCCCCGACAAGCGGCACGGCUUCGUCAACUUCGUCGACCCGGCAGACGCACUGCAGCUGAUGGCCUCCACCGGCCAGCAGGCGCUCGUCCCUCUGCGCGGCAAGCCGACUCUGCUGCAGUGGGGCAAGGCGCGGCCCGGCGCGUCGGAGGCGGCGCUCACCGCGGUCUUCUCCCCGUACGGCGAGCUCGAGUCCGUUCGGAUGGUGCCCAAGAAGCGGGCCGCGUUUGCUAACUACACCUGCGUCGCCUCCGCCAUCCAAGCGCGCGAGCGGCUGCACGGGCGGGCGAGGCCGGCGCCGUUUGCAGAGGCGGCGGCGGCCGAGGCGGCGUCGGGCGUGCCCGGCUCGGGCAAGCCGCUGCUCAUCAACUUCACCUCCUCGCAGCAGAAUUGCAUGCGCGCGCGCAACGGGCGGCCUCCGCCAGGGCUCUACUUCGGCUCUCUGCCCGACUCUGCAGGGCUGGCCGAGCUGGCGUCGCUCGUCGAGCGGUACGGCGUCGUCGAGUCGAUGCGGCUCGACGUCGCCGUGGCCGUCCUCGAGCACCUCUCGAGCGACGAGGGGCGAGGGCUGCUGCUCAACGGCAAGCGGCUCACCGCAAACUACGCGAAGGCGCGCGCGCCCACCGGCGAGCAGCUGGAGCAGUACGAGGGUGGCGCGCGGCGCAAGCUGCGCCUCCGCUUCCGCGCCGCCGCCCCGAGCGAGAGCGAGGUCAAGGCGGCGCUGGGCAAGGCGGAGGCGCUGGUCUGCGUCGGGGAGGCGGAGGCGGGCGGGGAGGGCGGGGAGAUCCUCCAGGUCGACUUCGCCUCCGUCAGUGCGGCGUGCGCGGCGAAGGAGGUGAGCCGGGGGGGGGAGGGGGAGGCGCGGGGCUGA